CAGGCUUUGGGUGCCAUGUGGAUGUGAACACUGGGGAGAAGACUUUAAAUCCUGGGAUGAGCAGUGAGGAAAUAGUUUCAGAUUUCCAGCCUGAAAUGCCACAUGACCCUGAUGUUACAGUCAGAUUUGCAAUCCCAAAUGAAAAAGAUAUCAGAGGAGCUGCCCGGGAUGAGAAGCAGUUGGAUGUGUCAACAUAUAGAACAAUAUCUUUCAAGGGUGAUGGUACAGAGGUGCAUAAUCCACCAAACCUACCUUUUCAACCACCUGGUUUGCAAUGGAAUGGGAAUGCAGCAAUCAGCUCUAGGCAGUUGUUACAGAAGAUGCAGAUCAGGAGGUCGGGUUCCAUUCCAAAGUGAACAUGUUGAAGCAAGACUGCAAAUAUGGAUGAAUGAAGACUCAUAUGUUUCAUUAGAACACUUUUGGGC